AUGGACUCCACAUGGGGAUACAGGCAUAACGAUAGAGAGCCAGAUCCAAGCUCUGAGCAUGAAGAGCACCAGAAUGCGGAUGAUCAAACACGUCCAACUGAGCGUACAGGAUUACUUGCAGCAAGCCGUGAUCAAGGAUACCUAAGCCCUGAUGACCCAGCAGUGUCACCUUAUAAUGUGUGGAGUGUGCGCGCUUUGCGUGCUAUGACUCUACUAGCCCUUGCGAUCAGCUUUAUGUGGUGGACAUUUUUAUUAAUAUCCAUCUUUGUUAGCACACCAACGAUGCACACUCGUGGCUCGGGUUUUUUCGCAUUUUCAUAUACUACUCUUGCGACGGGGUAUUUGGUACUCGGCUUGCUCUUCUUUGCAGUACCUUCGAAGCCAAUCACUAUAUGGGGCAGUAUCUUGACUGUAUUGCUCUUGGUGGAUUUGACUGUUAUUUUGGCCAUGCCACGGAUUCGACUUGAAGAAGGUUGGGUUGGCAUUGCAUCCAUUGCCUGGGCAGCCGCCAUCUCCUUGUACCAAGUCAUCCAGAACCACACCGUGGCGUGGGGUAAAAGAGAAGAAGAAGAGAGACUCACCGGACGGGAAGAGACACGCCGCUCCCUAUGGGAGUGGCUAGCUGUGCUGGUCGAGAUGCUUGUCAUGGUGGUCAUGACGGUUGCCGCCGUCUUGAUCACCGCAACCUUGACCCUCCGUUCUCUUGAUGCAUCACUUGAGCCUCCUGGUCAGCGUUACUAUGUUCAUGGCGACACAUACCAGGUCCAUAUUGCAUGUGUGGGUAAUCGUACCACUAAGAAUGCUAAUGAACCUACUAUCUUGCUCGAGGGCGACUACGAUCCCGUUGAACAUGGAUUGCAACCGUUCAUCGAAGAUGUAUACCGAACUGGAGUUAUAAGUCGGUAUUGUUAUUGGGAUCGACCAGGGUUAGGUUGGUCAGACAAUGCCCCUUCUCCACAUUCUGCAGGGAUGGCCAUAGAUGCCCUUUCUGAGGCCCUGGCUUUGGCAGAUGAGUCUGGCCCUUGGGUUGUUGUCUCUGCUGGGGUCGGCAGUCUGUACUCCCGACUCUUUGCAAGCCGCCAUCUUUUUGAAGUGAGCGGCAUAUUUCUCAUCGAUCCACUGCACGAGGCCUACUUAAAUGACCUUGGAAAGGCUGAUCGGGGCUUUGCCUUGUGGCUUCAAGGGGUCAUCUCUCCACUAGGACUUGAUCGCUUGACUGGCGCUUUGAUACAAGGCCGUACCCGCGAAGAUCGGAUAAGCGGGCGAUCUGCGUACCAAUCGGACAAAUUUAUCAAAGCCAAGUUACAAGAAAGCCUAGUGGCAGUCACAAUGACCGCAACUGAAGUUCAAUCCGCUCGCCAUAUUCAAAUGGGGACAACGCCGUUGGUGGUGGUUAGCUCUGGGCAGGAGGUUCGCAACAAUCCGGAGUGGGCGGAUCGUCAAGAAGAUCUUUCUCAUAUCACGAAGAGGCUUCUCUCCUGGGAUAUUGUUCAUGAUGCUCCGCAUGAGAUAUGGGCCAAUGCGGAGGGUCGAAGAGUUUUGGAACGUAGACUGCGAGACAUUUUGAAGCAAAGCAAAAUACUCCAGCCUUAA